AUGGAGUUCGAAGAGGACGUUCCGUUUGAUGGGCGCAAGGGCGAGCCCGCGCCGCUCGGAGUCGAGUUUGCAACUUUCGGGGCAGUCGUCAGAUACUGCUACAAGUACGCUCCAAGAGAGUACAUGCAACCCAUGGCGACAGCGUUCUUCGAUGCUGACAAGAUCUAUCGCCGCGAUUGGGACCUGUAUUACAUAAACACCGAGGGGUGCGGACUUCUUACGUUCGUCACCGCCCCUCAACUUCAACUUCUUCUCGACGGCCUCAACGAAGGCUUUCCUGAGGCGAACCUCAGCAUCACAGACGAAGAUCGCAACGGUGGGCUUGUGAUAGACUUCGAAGAUCUGCCGACACGCUACCGACCGCACUGGCUCGGCAGGUGCACCUCGCGUCCACAAUUCAAUUCCUGGACACAUCAACUUCAGCAAGAGGUCGCCAUGACCCUGCCAGAUGGAGAAGAUCGCAGCCUCGAGGCCUUCAAGGCCAAGAUGGAGCUGGCGUACCAAGCGGCCAGGAACAAGACCAAAGCCAGCAAACAACGAAAGCACCAGGAAGUUCUGCUCAAGCGACAGGACAUGGUGAAGCAGGCACUGAGGGCAGAAGGCUACUUGGGGCUUCGCGCGAAGAACUACCCGGAUGCGCAGUUGCCAGACCUUUCUGCCCUCAACCUCACCCCCCUCGAUGUCACCAACCCGCCACCACAUGCGUUCUACCGCGAGCCGAUCUUUAUAUCUAUCGACGUCGAAGCAUGGGAGAAGCCUCCACGCCAGGUCACAGAGGUCGGUGUCGCAACUCUCGACACACGCGACUUGAAAGGCGUAGAACCAGGCAAGGCAGGCGAGAAUUGGCACAGGUUCAUCCGCGGUCGUCACUUCCGGGUGCUCGAGUACAAGCACCUGAUCAACCACGAGUAUGUACAAGGCUGUCCUGACGCUUUCGAGUUCGGCGACAGCGAAUACGUUGACAAAGACAAUACGGGAGCCGUACUAUCCAGCUGCUUCCGCGAGCCAUUCAGCAAGCGCGACACAGCGGCACCUUCCGAUCCAGGAGCUCCACCAGAAACUCGCAACCUGAUCAUCGUGGGCCAUGACCUGGGACAGGACAUCAACUACUGUCAUCAGGUCGGCUUCAGCGUGUUGAAUCGAGGCAACAUCAUCGACACCGCAGACACGGCCACCAUGUGGCGCACAUUCACCAAGGACCCCAACCCACGAUCCCUCGGAAGCAUCAUCAACCACUUCGACUUCACUGGCUGGCAUCUCCACAAUGCAGGCAAUGACGCCGUCUACACUAUGCAAGCCAUGCUCGCGAUUGCCGUCCAAUCUGCCGUCGAUCGUGGUGGCGAGGAGCAGAAGCUAGAGGAGGCGGUCAAGAAGCGCGAAGAGCAGGAGAUUGAGAAUGCAAAGGAGCGAGCACAGGAGUGUACAGAAGGCUGGGAGUAUAGCUCGAGCGACGAUGGAGGGGUCGCUGUGCCGCCGACCGAAGCUGACUUCGCACUACGAAGCAAGGCCAAGCCAACCGAGCCGCAGGUUCAUGGUCCGCCACGCCCUGGUCUCUACACUUACCCGGCUGGCAACAUCCUUGAUGUCUAG